AUGACGGGUACAACUGUUGCUGAUGCUAUGCCUACUGCUACUGCUAAAAUAAUAAUUAAUUUAAAUUGUUGCUGCAGGACAAACAAGAACUUACAAUACGACUUGGUGAUGAGCUUCAUCCUCAUAAUCCUCAACGUUGCAGCAAUCCUGUAUAUGGCACACCACAAGAUUGCUUUUACCGCAAAUAACUUUUAUUUCCAGCUUUUCAUUGUUUGGUACUUCAUUUCUGGCAUAGCGAGUUGCCUGGUUUGGUCCGCCGCAAUUGUCCUAGUCGAAGCUUAUGACAUGUACAUCGUGGGACGUAUCUGUCACAUCUUUGGCUUCGCUAUUCUCCUCCACCUCCUCUAUUGUAUUUCUCCACGUCUGACCCUAUGGUUCGGUAUACCAUGUUCGUUAUGGUUCCUAGCCGCUUUCAUUGAACCUCUUUACACAGUUCAUCUACCUCCAGUAUUUGAAGAUUUCCGAAAUUGCUGGAAGUUUGUGAAUGAAGAACAAGUUAGAGUUGUUACAGUUUAGUUUUUAUAUCAUUAAUUUCUUUAGACCCUCUUAGUAUAAAAGAAUGAGAUGAGUUUUUUUCUCUUAGGUUUUUUUUUAUAUGUACAAUCUAAUAACAUUUGAUUUUGGAAAAACUAAUAAUAAUUCAUGAUUCCAAACGAUUCCUUUCACAAAAACUAAAUUUUUUUUCGAGGUGCACCUAUAUACAAAACUAGGUGUGGACAUAAUCUAAAUCUUCGACACUAAAUCUAUACAAUAGGAUGAUGACGAUCUCCACGCUCCUUCGUUGAGGAGAAAAUUGGUCACUUGUUUGUCUUCUUCAUGAGAGGUUCACUCUGUCCGGAUCCAAUUCCGGUGAAUUUAACCACUGUCCUAACCGUUUUGGUGAGAACCAAGGUUUUGAAGUGAUUGAUAGGGUAUUUUGUUACUCGGAUUUUUUUUCAAAAAAAUGAAACUACAUGUCAAUUCAAUCCCCUAAGAAUGGGGUUUAAUUAAAGGGAUAAUUAAAUCGGUUUAAAGAGGCUCAUGUAUAUAUCUGACAAUAGCAAUAGGAAAGGAUCAAAACUGGGGCGAUUACAACAUGUGUAUAUAACAUCACAAAUACUUCAUUACAACUCACUCACCAUCACAUUUAUAGUCGAUGAGAGGAAACCAAAUGCUAACCACGUUGUGUUUUGGCUCGAGAAGCGCCUAGCUGCACAGGGAAUUAUUCUUGGAACCAAUAAUGUUAGAUUUGGAACUUUGCACAAUACGUAAAGACAUGACUAAUCAACACUCAUGAGGUUCCGUUAAAAUCAUAAAUUAAUAUUUUUUUGUAUAUAUACAUAUUAUAUAAGCACAAAGAAACAAUUAUAUUAUUUGCUUUAUUUCACAAUAGAAUUAUCUCUAUAUUUUUUUUAAUAUUUCCAUACAUUUUACUAAUAUUUAGUAAAAUUACAAAAACAUCUCUAUAUUUUCUUAACAUUUUCAUAUAUUUUGCUAAUAUUUAGUAAAAUUAUAUAUAAACCGUUUAUAAUUUUUAUAAAACAUAUUUUAUAUACACCAAAUAAUAUAAUAAAAAAAUAUGAAAGUCAAAAUUCAAAAGUUUAAUUAAUGUAUAACUGGUAAAAUUAAUUAUGUUAUUUAUUUUAUAAAAUAAAAAUAUUCUAAAAUAAAAAUCCAGAUUUUUUUUCCGUAAAUUAAUAAAAUAUCAUAACCCUAACAUUAUUAAUUUCUAAUUUUUUUACUGUAUGUGUAUAUUUUACUAACCAUAUUGAAAGCACAAAGGUCUCCAGUUUAGGGUUUGGGAGUAGUCCUGAGGAAAGUAUGAGCAGCUCAAAUAGCCACCAUUCUAGGCUAUUAUACAUAUAAAAAAGACGAAAAUUGCAAGUGAUAUAGGAGGAAGCAGACCCUGACCCAUCAAUAAAGUUAAAUUGACUUACCACAACAUUGCUGUUGAUGGGACCCCGAAAUGGAAGAACUGUUUGACAGAAGACACGAAAUCAUUGGAUACAAAGCUGCGAGUCUUCUCACAAGAAGUGGAGAAUCUCACAUAGCAUGCUAGUAUCACAGCGUAAAACCAGAAAGACACACUCAUAGCCAAAGCAGCUCCAUUGCUUCCAAGACCAAACAGGGAAACCAAACUCCAGCAAACCGCGAUGUGGAACAAAAGGGUGGUUAGGGCCAGAGCCGGCCCGAAAAGUUUUGGGGCUCUAGACCAUUUAGUAAAAAUUUCAAAAUUUCGGGGGUUUAAAAUAAUUUAAAAGAAUAGAAGGCAAACUGUUGUAAAAAUAAUAAAUGAUGUUGUUGUUGUAAGGAUAAAAUAUAUACUGUGAUAUUAUGAAAACAAAUUAAGAGUAAGAAAUCAAAAUAGAUGAUUAUUGAAUAUGAGCUCAUGGAGCUGCAAGGUUUAGCCCCCUGGAAAGACUAAGUUGUUGUCACAUGAUAUAUGUGACCACUUCAAAUUAAUCCGUAGUCAUCGACCACGUUACGCUAUCAAGGGGAGAGAAAUGUAACACUCGGAAGCAAAGUGUGCCUGCUUCCUUGAGAUAAAAGAGCAUUCAAACCGCGUAACUCCUCUUACAAAGCAGGAGUGGAGUACGAGAACAAAGUCACUGAAGACUUAACUGAAGGAUAGUUUUGUAAAAUCUCAAUUUCUGGUAUAUGUAAAAAAAACUUAAGAUAAUUGAUUUGGAUAUCUAUGUCACCAAAGUUGGUUUACUUUUUUCGACACACAUUCAUUUAGAACUCCAGAGUUAAGUGUGUUUGAGCUGGAGUAAUAAAAGGAUGGAUAUGCAAAUGAGGCCAAAGCACGGAGAAAAGUCGGGUGGUAAUUGAGGUUAGUAAACAAUGAUUGUGAACUUUCGAAAAAUUAAUGCACCGUUCACCGGACGGAUGAGGCCCACCGGCUAAGAGAGCGGACGUGGACGGACGGAGCGUUACAAGUUUUCUCAAGCAAAAUCCACUCUUUUUUAACUCAUUUGUUUAACCAUCAAUUUAGUAUUCAUUUGGAUUUAUUUAGUACUUAUCCAACAAGAAUCUUGGAUCCUUUUAUAUCAUCUCAACACAAAUAAUAAAACUCAUUGUGAAACUAGCAUCUAUAAUCGUCAUACUCUGAUCACUAUAACAUUAUUAUUAUUAUCAUCAUACCAGCAUCACUAUAAUCAGUUGUUUAGCAUUGUCCAGCCGCCAAAAAUUAGCAGAAUUGAAGGUUUCCAAGUUGGAGGAGAGCGGUGGGAUUAAAUGAGCCAUGUUCAUUUGUUCAAUCUUUCAAUAACACAAAAUUUAGAUAUAUAAUAUAUAAUAAAGUAAAUUGGCAAGUUUGAGCACUUUCUGGCCUGGCCUUUCAUGACUUGCAGUUUUCUCCUCGUUCUCUUAUAUUACAAUCCCCAUAUGGCAUGUUUUAUUGGCUAUCAAUCACCUCUUUUCACUUGUAAAUUCAGACAAUGCCAACGUGGCUCUGCUCUUGUCCCCGUGGCACCUUUCACCUCGUCGUUUUGUAACUAGGCACAUUUGUAUAGUUGUAUAUUUGAUUUGUGGUGAUUUUAGCAUGUCCAUUAAACUCGGAUGAGAUGGUGUCGGUCUUGAUGGAAUUUGUUAUUUGCUUUUUUCCUGACAUUUCAUCUACUAAAUAAGAAUAUCAAUCAUGAUUGACAAGCCAAUCUCUAAUGAAAGAGAUCAACAUAAAAUGUGAUAUCUAAUACGAUCAUCGAAUAAUAACAAUUAAGUUUGUGAAUUACAUAAUCUACACAAUAAACCACGUGAGAAAAGAAAUGAAGAAAUAAACUUUCCUGACAAAAAAAAGUUUGGAAAUAAACUU